AUGGCCGCCAGCACUUCUCUCGACCACCUUAGCAACCGUAUGAAGCUGGAGUGGCACUCCAAGCUCAACACGGAGAUGGUUCCUGCGAAGAACUAUCGUCGCACCUCCAUCAUUGGCACCAUUGGCCCCAAGACAAACUCGUCCGAGAAGAUUAACGCACUCCGCAGAGCUGGUCUCAACGUUGUUCGUAUGAACUUCUCCCACGGCUCGUACGAGUACCACCAAUCCGUUAUCGACCAUGCCCGUGAGGCCGAGAAGGCCCAGACCGGCCGUCCCCUCGCCAUUGCUCUUGACACUAAAGGACCUGAGAUCCGUACCGGAAACACCACCGGCGACCAGGAUAUCCCUAUCAAGCAGGGUCACGUCCUCAACAUCACAACCGACGAGCAGUACGCCACUGCCAGCGAUGACAAGAACAUGUACCUCGACUACAAGAACAUCACCAAGGUGAUCGCUCCCGGCAAACUCAUCUAUGUCGAUGACGGUAUUCUGUCGUUUGAGGUGAUCGAGGUUGUUGAUGAGCAGACCCUCAAGGUCAAGUGCUUGAACAAUGGCAACAUUUCCUCCAGAAAGGGUGUCAACCUGCCUGGCACUGACGUCGACCUUCCUGCUCUUUCCGAGAAGGAUAUCAGCGACCUCAAGUUCGGUGUUAAGAACAAGGUCGACAUGGUCUUCGCUUCUUUCAUCCGUCGCGGUAGCGAUAUCCGUCACAUCCGUGAGGUCCUCGGCGAGGAGGGCAAGGAGAUCCAGAUCAUUGCCAAGAUCGAGAACCAGCAGGGUGUCAACAACUUCGACGAGAUCCUCCAGGAGACCGACGGUGUCAUGGUUGCCCGUGGUGACCUUGGUAUCGAGAUCCCCGCCCCCAAGGUCUUCAUCGCCCAGAAGAUGAUGAUCGCCAAGUGUAACAUCAAGGGCAAGCCCGUCAUCUGUGCUACCCAGAUGCUCGAGUCCAUGACAUACAACCCUCGCCCCACUCGUGCCGAGGUUUCUGAUGUCGCCAACGCCGUCCUCGAUGGAGCUGACUGUGUCAUGUUGUCGGGAGAGACCGCCAAGGGUAACUACCCCUGUGAGGCCGUCCAGAUGAUGCACGACACUUGUCUGCUCGCUGAGGUUUCCUUCCCUCACUUCAACGUUUUCGAUGAGCUGCGCAACCUUGCUCCUCGUCCCACCGACCCCGUCGAGUCUAUCGCCAUGGCUGCCGUCAGCGCCAGUCUCGAGCUCAACGCCGGUGCCAUUGUUGUCUUGACCACCAGUGGGUUCACCGCCCGUCUGCUCUCCAAGUACCGCCCCGUGUGCCCCAUCCUCAUGGUUACCCGUAACCCCUCUGCCUCCAGAUACUCCCACCUGUACCGUGGCGUCUGGCCCUUCCUGUUCCCCGAGAACAAGCCCGACUUCAACGUCAAGAUCUGGCAGGAGGACGUUGACCGUCGCCUCAAGUGGGCCAUCAACCACGGUCUCAAGCUCGGAAUCAUCAACAAGGGCGACAACAUUGUCUGCGUCCAGGGAUGGCGCGGUGGCCAGGGCCACACCAACACCGUCCGUGUGGUCCCUGCCGAGGAGAACCUUGGCCUCGUUGAGUAA